AUGUCUGAUGUGAGUGAUAUUAUUGCCAAUAAUUCUGCACAAAAAGAGAACUUAACUCUGCGCGCAGCCGUCGCUCAGUUACAAACAGAAAUAAGUGUUUGUUCUCAAAAUUACCUAAGAAACGAGCUUAAAAUAUUAGGAAUACUAGAAACACCAAAUCGAAGCCUUGGUUACAUCGCCUUGCUAGCAGCCCGCAAAAUUGGUGUAGAGCUGAGUAACAAUGACAUCGAUUGGAUAGAGAGAGUCGGAUCUAAACGACCGCCCCCAGAGAUAAACCAAAGUAAACCUGAACAAAAACUACCUUGA